GUAACGUGUUGCCAAAGCCGUGAAAAAUCAACCGGAGGAAACAUUCGCGUACACAGAGGAGAACAGACUAACCCUUACCAGCCCGGAAAAAUCGUUCUUAACCGGGAUCAUAGAUUGGACAAGACUGACCCAUCUGAAACAUCGCACUCUGAAUUGCAUAUCCAUUCCUCUACCUCUUCAUUUGCCUUUCCUUCACUGAGAAUGGCAAGCGGGCACCCCAAUGACAAAUUCAGUUUUCUGUACCCAACAGACAGCAGUCAGAACAUUAAGAGUAAAAACAGGCUGUCUUCCACCAUGAACCCGGUGUACAGUCCAGUUCAACCGGGAAACCCGUACGGAAAUCCUAAGAAUAUGGCAUACACAGGUUAUCCUGGAGGUUACCCGACGACUGCCCCAGCAUACACAACCAAUCUUUAUCAGACGGGCAGCCCAGGAUAUCCACAAGUGCUGCUGGUGAAGCAGGCCUGGCCCCAGACCGCAUCAGCUCCGGGGCCCGCAGAAAGCUCCUAUGACCUGGCUGUGGACGCUGGCUCAGAGAGCAGGCAGUACCAGGCAUCUUCUACCGCAUUCAGAUAUACAGCAGGAACGCCUUAUAAAGUGCCCCCUACUCAGACCAAUGGAGCCCCCCCUCCUUACUCCCCAUCUCCUAACCCUUACCAAACGGCCAUGUACCCCAUUAGAAGUGCCUAUCCCCAGCAGAACCUCUAUGCUCAGGGUGCUUACUACACACAGCCGGUGUAUGCCGCUCAGCCUCAUGUCAUCCACCACACCACCGUGGUUCAGCCCAACAGCAUCCCCUCUGCCAUCUACCCAGCUCCUGUACCCGCCCCACGCUCAAACGGAGUGGCCAUGGGUAUGGUGGCAGGGACAACGAUGGCAAUGUCUGCUGGUACCUUGUUGACUACCCCUCAGCACACUCAGAUCGGAGGACACCCCGUCACCGUGCCAACAUAUCGACCCCAAGGAACACCUGGGUACAGCUAUGUGCCACCUCACUGGUAGAGCCCACCUGCCAAUCAUAUCUGGAGUCAAACAUUGUAUGCAACUACUAAAGUCUUACAUUGGCGCUCUGUGAUCAACAGUGAGGCGCCACCACGUCUGUUUGCAAGAACAAAAGAGAAAAAGUGCAAGGGUCACUUUAUGCAUUCUUAUGUGUUUUUGUAAAAGCUGCUUUU